ACAAAAAAAAAGUUAUAGCCUCCGCAUUGAGACAGUUCACCUUGUGCAAGUGAACAUACCACACAGAGGACGGUAUUGGAAAUUUACCAUAAAACAGAAAGCACAGAUAGAGAGCAAACUGUUGCAGGAUGGACCCCAGCAAGUCUGCGAGCGCUCCUCCGGCGGGAUGGGCUGACGAGAAGGCGUCAAUGUGCCAGACGCCCCCUCCGCCCUACCAGGACAACCCGCAGACCGGGUACCCUCAGCCCGGCCUGGGGUACCCGCCUCAGGUGCAGGGCUAUGGAUCCCCACCACAAUAUGGAGGUGCAGGAUAUGGACAACAGCAGUAUCCCGUGGGUCAGCAGUACCCGGGACAGCAGGCCACCGUCGCUGUCCAGCCCACAAUGUACGUGACUCGAGGCCCGCUGGCUAACCCUGUCAAUGACUACAUGUGCUACUCCAUCUUCACCAUGCUGUGCUGCUGCCUGCCACUUGGAAUUGCUGCCCUCAUCUAUUCCAUUUCCGCACGGGAAGCCAACCACAUGGGGGACCAGAUGGGGGCAGAGCGGAGCAGCAGGACGGCCAAAACGCUGAACCACGUGGCCCUGGGACUCGGCAUCGGUGGCAUCAUCCUCAUCAUCAUCUACAUGGUGGUUGUUGUGUCUUUGAUUAACUAAAUCUGUUUCGACAUGUUUCCUGUAUUCUUAGUCCAUCGUUUUCAUUCCACAUCAGAUAUCAGACCAAAUUAGGAACAUUAUUGGUCAUCAAGAUGAUUUUUAUUGGAAAUUUGUAACCCUGAAGUCACCCGACCUUUAGAAAAGUUACUGAUAUUUCAUUAGGUGGAUUAGGUCAUUUUAGCUGUUGACCACCUGUACAACAGAUUACUCAAAUUCAGUAAUGUAGGUGGAUCAACAACUCUAUCAACAACUGAUAGAGUUCAGUAGCCAUUUAUUGUAAAGAGACUGCAGAAGCUCAUUACAUGUAAAUCCAUUACUCUUCAAAACUGUAGAGAGUUACCACUUUCCCAAAGAUUCAUAUAUUCAUCAGCAUUGUUUGUAAUCACACAUCUGAAAAUUAACACAAUUUUUAUAAAUAAUUUUGAUGCCUUAAAAGUUAUCCAUUGUUCAACCUCUGUUCAUUUUUGUUGUACUACUCACGCAGACUACAAGUGUUGUUAAAAAUUUCAAAGUAUUAUUCAACUUUUCAUGUUAACAUAGAAAAUGAUUACCCAUACAAAGUUUUAUUCAGUUCUGCAACCAGAAGAGAUUUAUCUGCUUGUAGCAUGGGCAAAAUAUUGCUGCCCUUUCAACAGAUUUGUUGGCUGUAAAUAUGCACUAACACCAGCUAACCCUCUUAAAAGUACUCUAACAUUGAAUUACAUAAAAAAAACUAAUAUGUUACUACAAAGAUACUCGCAGAAAAAGAGAUGUGGCUUUGUGAAGUUUGUGCUAAACAAGUUAAAAACUAAAAGUGAGCCCAUUUGCCAUCAAAGUGUAUCUGACCUGAGAGUGCACACUUAUCAUCUCUGAGUUGUAGCUGAGCACCAAAGUCCUCUUCUUUAUUCCAGCAGAACAGGAAUGCACAGCUUCUCAUAAAAUCAGCAGUGGAGCCAAUAUGGCAGCCAGUUGCUCAAUCAGUGGCUCGAGCUCAGGAAUUUUGAGAGCUGUAGCGUGUCAUGUAUCACUAGCCUGGGUGUUGUUUGUCAUGCAAUGUCUGUAUGUUCUUUACUUUACCAAAGCUGAAAAAGGAAGAUUUUACUGUAUACCAAAUUUCUUUAUAAAUAAAAUCAAAGUAUAUUAAAUGAAAAA